AUGGGGAAUUGGGAUCCGAUGAAUAUGGUCCCAGCUGGAUGUGAAGAUGAUCUGCAUUUGAUACUGAGAUUGUCGACGUGUACAUUUUUAAUUAAAUCACUCACCAAAUGUUGGUUGUUCCAGGUCGUACGUGCCGCCAGCCCCGUACUGUUGAGGGUUAUAACUUUGGGCGCGUUCCUCGUCUACUGCACGAUCAUCGUCAUGUAUCCAAGGCCGAGCGUGUACACCUGCACUGCAAGGAUCUGGCUUCGAGAGAUUGGCUUUUCUUUAACCUACGGAGCUUUGAUGUUGAAGACCUGGAGGAUUUCGGUUAUUUUUCGCGUCCGCUCCGCCAAGGCUGUCAAAAUCACCGAUAUGAAUCUGAUGAAGCGUCUGGGAAUCAUCGUUGCCAUCUUCACUGUAUUUCUGAUGAUCAGAACUCUUGUAGCUCCACCGAUAGUGAUUGUUGGAAGAACUGCUGAUGAUUUGAAGGCUUACCUGUGCCGCACUGAUUGGUGGGACCAUUCCUUCAGUAUUUCGCAGCAAGUGGAUUUCCAUAGAUUUUUAUUUCUGAAGACGGCAGUUCCAUUGGAUAUGUGA